UCUCAAGUGGGUUCGGGGAAGUGUUGAGGGGGCGGAUAGUUUGAUUUUUCCUCGCAUCUUGCCCAGCCAAUAAUGUGGAGGGAAGUGUUCUGCACAUCUCAGCUGGCAGACAUUUAAAAAGGAGACAGUCCGGCGCUGCUGCAAUUUGUACUAAACCCAGUCUCUCUUUCUAUGGAAUCGUUAGCAACUACAGACUCCCACAAGCGCGCACCCCCACUGUUGUACUGUCCACACGUUUAGUGUUUUCUUGUCUGGGGAAAAGUUGAUACAAAGAACACCUUCGGGAUACCACUACUUUUGCCUUUGUUUGGAGUAUUAACAGAAUGACCGGAUCUGCGCGAGUCAUCUGUGCCAUGGUCUUCGUCUUUGGGCUGAUCUUCUGCCCGGUGGUUUGCAAGAGGAAUCGAGGUUCCCAAGGCGCCAUCCCUCAUCCCGACAAAAACAAUCCUAACGAAUCAGAGCAGCAACCGCAGCCACCGCAGGCGGGUUCAGGGUCCCGGGGGCGAGGCAGGGGGUCGGCUGCGCCUGCAGAGGAGGUGCUGGAGUCUAGCCAGGAAGCAUUGCAUGUCACGGAGCGCAGUUACUUGAAACGCGACUGGUGCAAGACUCAGCCGCUUAAGCAAACUAUCCACGAGGAGGGGUGCGUCAGUCGCACAAUCAUCAAUAGAUUCUGCUAUGGACAAUGCAAUUCGUUCUACAUCCCCAGACAUGUUCGCAGGGAGGAAGGUGCCUUCCAGUCUUGUUCCUUCUGUAAGCCGAAAAGAUUCACCACAAUGACUUUCACUCUUAACUGUCCGGACCAGCAGCCUCCUACCAAAAAGAAACGCGUUCAGCGCGUAAAGCAGUGCCGCUGCAUUUCAAUAGAUCUGGACUAGGUCAAUAAUUGUAUUAUGCUGUGUUGAUCUGGCAAUUUAUUUAACACAAAAGGGAUGAUUCACGCACGGCGUAUGUACAACACGGUUAUAAAUGGGACUUAUCUGCCCCAGCAGAACUCUGGGAAAUCUUCAGACGGGAAAGAAAAAUGAAAAACCACGAACAUACAUGUCAAAUGAUGUGAAUACAUUAUUUUAGAAGUCAGAGUUUGAUUGUAUUUAAAUGCACGCGGUUCAUGACCAAACCUACACACGACACGUUUUUGUUGCGCAUUGCAAAUAACUAAUAUCACCAAAUAUAGCAGUUCACCAGGUACAACAUAAGUGUGAAAUUAACACAUUACAAACCGUGGUUUGACAUAUAGCCAAAUUCACUGCUGUCAUACGCUCUGAAGACUGCAGAACUUGGCUUGCUCGUGUAGGCUAUAAUACCUACAAGAAAAGCCAGCGGAUACAAUAUAGUGGUAUCCAUUUUUUUAAGUUCCACAAGUUGGACAGAACCAGCCAUAUUCCGGACCACUUAUACGGGGUAUGCUUUAUCUCCUUAUUCCAACUGCAUAAUGCAUUUUUGCCAGACUUUAAAUAUUGAUUGAGUGGAUAGAUAGUUUCCACUAUGUGGAAUGUGAAAACAGAACAGAGUGAUGAUAAUAUUUAAUGUAAUUAUGAGACGGUUGUAUUAUUAAUAUGUAUGCUGCAUACAUGUCUGUGAAUCUCACUUAGUCUAAAUUGUCUUAGUUGCUGUUUGAGAGAAAAUGUUGAUUUGUAAUGAUCUAUGUUAUAAGACAUCAAUGGGACUGAAUUACAAUAGCCUACAAGUGUUCGCAAUUUCAAAUGUGUACCGGUCAAAUAACUGUCUUGGUUUUUAAACAGCUUUUUUUCCACUGUAAAAAGCUGAUACAUAAUCUUUAGGGUAACACUUGUCAUCCUUCUUGUAAAUUAAUAACAUAACGUUGUACAAACUGCAGCAGGAUCAUGACUUUUCCAGGAGCCAAUUAAAACGUUGGGAAAACUUGAGCUGUAGCGAAGUUUUGCGCCUUGACUGAAACGGUUGCCCAGAACUAGCGUAACACCCGCAUACUACCACGCUAAAUACUGUUGUUAAAUUUCAGCACACACGGCGGACACUACAAGGGUGAAUGGGUCAUAAAUUAUUUGGAAAUUGCGAAGACUCCGAUUUCAUGUGGAGCAUUUUAUGCAUCAAGUUAACCCGAAACACCAAAUAAAAGGCAUCUUCUCUGGC